AUGGCUAGGUUGCAGACUGGGGCGCGCCCUGCUGUCCAGUUACAACUUACCAUCGACGAUCGUCUUUUCUGGAACAUCGCAUAUGCGGGUUCGAAGGGCGCUAGAUCGACCAUCCGUGGAGACUGCCGGAUUAAGUCCACAUAUCCCGGCAUCGUAACUUCAUCAGAUAAUAAUCCUACUCUGGGUACUACGAGCGAAAUUGAAAUUACACCUGCCGGCUCCAUCCGUGGCGCCAGAUCACCCCAUAUCCUUCCAGAAGCCCCAGAGUUUGAAACAGCCAGCGUGUACGAGAAUACUGUGGCUAUGCUGUUUUACAGUAUAGCCCUUUUCAUCCGUACUCUGAUCAUGAUUAUUCUCGUUGACUGUCGACAUGCGGCCAUGUGUGACUGGAUGGACGCAGCAAGCCACAUCCAAAAGUAUACGAAAAGAAGGCUGAUGAGUAAUGAAUCAUGA